AUGACAAGGACUACUAUGAGUAGUGAAACUCCAACACCCAAACCGUCUACUGUUAGUAUCAAAGAAGAAUAUCAUGUACAAACACGGAGCCUAAACUCUCCUUUUGAGAGCUCGAGCGAUCCUGAUUUCACGAUAGACAAUCAUCCCUUAAGAAUACAGGACAGCUUUAUAGAAAAAUAUGUCAAACCAAACACGGGUAUCAUACUUCUUAUAAUAGCACAAUUUUUCAACUCUCUGAUGGUUGUAUCGACAAAAAUACUAGAAACUAACCCCGAUGCAGAGACACAUAUAAAGCCUUUACAAAUUCUGUUGGUCAGGAUGCUGAUAACAUGGGUCGGCACAUUAAUAUACAUGCAAUGUAAUAAAGAUACUGUGAAAUAUGCCCCCUUUGGUGAUCCAGCGGUAAGAAAAUAUUUGGUACUAAGAGGGUCCUGUGGGUUUUUCGGUGUCUUUGGUAUGUAUUUUGCAUUGAUGUAUUUAUCUAUAAGUGAUGCUGUGUUAAUUACAUUUUUAUCGCCUACAUUGACUAUAUUAUUGGCUUGGGUAGUUCUUAGGGAGAAGAUUAACCGUUGGGAAGUAUUAGGUUCUAUCGUAUCUUUCAUAGGUGUUGUACUUAUCAUUAGACCCCCAUUUUUAUUUGGAACAAAUAUCAACGGUAGCUCCGAUGGUAGCAGUGUAGUUGAAACAAGUAACCCAAAAGAACGUUUAAUAGCUACUAUGGUAGCGUUAUGGGGUGCUCUUUGCGGAAGUGCCGUCUACAUCAUUAUCAGAUUUAUUGGGAAGAGAGCUCACGCUAUUAUCAACGUUAGUUAUUUCUCGUUAACAACCCUUAUAAUUUCUACUGUUGGUGUUGUUUUUAUUCCAUCUAUGCAUUUUCAAAUUCCACAUUCCAAAUUGGAAUGGUUACUGUUCACCAAUUUAGGUAUAUGUGGGUUCAUUUUUCAAUUGAUGCUAACGUUAGGUAUUCAAAAGGAAAGAGCCGGCAGAGGUUCUCUUGUAGGGUAUACACAACUAAUAUACUCUAUAUUUUGGGAUGUCAGUUUGUAUCACCACUGGCCACCUAUUUGGUCUUGGGCGGGUAUGGUAAUUAUUAUUGGUAGUACCAUUUUUGUGCUUAAAUUUAAGUCCCCAAGUGAUGACGAUGGUGAUUGUGAUUUGAGCACUUCGGCGGCUAAGGAUCCUGAGUCCCUGCAGAGUCCAGAUGAGGGGCUAGAGAUGGACGAUUUCAAUAUCGAUGAUUCAACUGAUGAAACCGGUAAUUAA